AUGUUCUUGACUGGCCAGCUAUUCCCUCGUCCCUGGGAUGAACCAGAAGAGCCCAUUGUUGUUAAAAAAGACACCCAGAAAGACAUGAAUGAAGGCAAAGGAAAUACUAAUAGUUUCUAUGACUCUAGUAACACAGUAGUAAAUAUGUGGAAUAACCCUGCAAGGGCCUGCAAAUAAGGUCAAGACCUUCUAUCAUGAUAAAGAGAAGUCCUUUAAAGAAAACACUUAUACUGACCAAGAAAUCACCAACAUGGAUAAUGAGGAAAGAGACAAACUGAGAAAGAUCGUCCUCCAACGAAUGAGGUACCAAAGCCUCGAGAGAGUCCACAACCGUAAAUUAGAACGAGAAGUUUUGCAGUACAAGUCGAAGCAGCCUCUGUCGUCACCCGAACAAGCAGAAAUGAUGGCUCACCAGGAACCCAUGCUGUUCGAAGAACUUUCAUUGAGAAGGUCCAACAACUAUUUAAGUUUGAACAAUCUGUACAUGACUGGGUCAACCAGCAACAAGUACCCAACCAAACUCCCAGCUAAACAACUCAAGCAAGUGAUCACACCCAAAGUUCUCAAGAUGGACAGACAAGGCUGUGAUAACAUCCUCAGCGCCUUCGAUGGCAUGACCGGUGGCGCCCAUGGAGAGCCCGACUUCAUCAAGUACUGGGUCCAAGAGAACAGAAACAAGACUCGCCAGAAGUUCAUCAACAGACACGAACAGAACAUCCAGCGAGAGAGAAAGGCCGGCAUCUACAAGCCUUACCAGACGAUCAGCCAGAGAGCCCACAAGAGAGGAGCCACCAGAGACACCAGGAACAUUCCGUUCACGACCCAAAACCGAAAUGUGAUCAGCAACAGAAGAACAAGCAAUAGUACAUCCAAUAAGAAAGGUGUCUUCUUGCAUGAGGACGCUGAGGUCAGGGAUGGCAAUAUCGUAGGCUCUACAAUUAGCAACCAAGAAUCCCACAGACAGUCUGAUUAUGGAGACAUUCAAAUGGAUGACCAAAUUGACAACUAUGAAACUGUUGAUAGAAACCAGAUUGAGGAAAUCAAGGAUAUUUAUAGUGAAGAAGGUAAAGAAAGCGAUCAUCUCUACCAAGAAAUAGAUGAGAGAGAAGGCACUAGAUAUGGCAUGGAAGCAGGCGAGACUGGAAAUCAAUUUUACGACAGUGCAAAUGACAAUGCUCAGAAUGACCCUGACCCCCAGAACACAAGAAGACAAGCUCUAAAUGAAUUCAGGAUCUGAUACGCUAGGCCUAAAUUUCCAAACAGAAACCCAACUACAGAGAGACUAGCUCAGCCAAAGAAAGAGCCAGUGGUGACAAAUCCCUUCCUCUAUUCAGAUUUCAGAGGAAUGCUCCAUGCUGAUUGUCAAGAAGCUAUCGAGAACUUGGAUGUCAACCCAGAUUACCCCAGAAGUAUGUCAAUGAGCAAAGGCUUUGCCCAGGGCCAUCCUUCACAGACAGGAACGGGCAUAAAUCUCAAGGGGAGAAAGAAGUUCUCAGAGUCAGUCAAGGAGAUGUUCCCUAUGCCUGAAUUCAACAGCUAUCUUUCAGAUCCUACUAAGAAGAAGGAUAGGAUCAGAAAGAGAAAACCUCAUACAGCUGCUAUUGGAUUUAGAAACAAGGGAACUCUCAACACCAAGGAGGAAAAGACUCUUCCUUUAGUACAGACUCAACAGGAGAUGGACAAUGCUUCUGACAUGAUGUCCAAGCCUGUCUUUUCCCAGUUUGGCACCACUAAUCUUAACAGAGCCCGCACUUCCCAUAUUGGACAGAGAAAUAUGUCUUUCAAGCAAAUGGAAGAAGAGAGAAAAGAGAUUGAGGACAUUCAGUCAGCCAUGAGAGAUCUAGAAGACAUUGACCAGAGAGCCGACAAGCACAGAAAGGACGUAACCACAAAGAGAGGAUACCCCAAGAUUACACUUGUAUCUGACCUGAAGAAGUUGGAUUCAGCCUAAGUUGCAUAAUUCAUUA